AUGUCAUCAGAGCUGUUGAAUGGGUAUCGCAUUGCUCUGGACCCUGCGACGUGGCUUGUGGAGAAAGAGGCUAUGAUCCAGGAUACAGUAGACAUGGAGGAAAAUGCUGAGAUUGACCAGCUUGCAGAGACAGAGGAUGGAGAAGAUGAAGGAGCUGCAGGCAAGAAACAAGGGAAGAAAAGGAAAUGCGACGAUGCUUCUGCAUCUGUCAAAGAAAAGAAAGAGAGGAAGAAAUCUGAUAAACCAGCGAAAGCCAAGGCAAAGAAAGACGCUGAUGCUGGAAGAACCACAAGGAAGGCCAAGGCCACCAAUAGGGGUGCUCACAAAAGGGAGGAGCGAGGCAACGUUACCAAACAAGGGCAACACCCUUUCCCUUCCACCCACCACCAACCAUCCUCUUCCCCGCCACCUCCAUUCCCUCCCACCAACCACGUUGCCAACGGCGACAACCACGACGACGCCGCACCACCCAACAACGGCCACGACAAUGCGAACACGCUAGGUGGACGACGAGGCGACGUGGCAACAAGGCGAGGAGCCGACGUGGCAACGGGACGACGACGAACGACGACGACAGAUGUCGUCGUCUGUCCCAAUUGGGAUAGCCGCCCAGCGCCCACCAUGGCACACAACAGCACCACCCCGCCCACGAAAACACCCCAGCGCCCACGGAACAACGCCCAGCGCCCACAAUGGCGCCUUGUCGGCCAUCGACAACCACGCGACGACGGACAACGACAACGACGUGGCACCACCACCAUCCACGAACGCCCACCACGACGACACGGCAACGCCACGUCACCAACGAAACACGGCACCAACGACGACGACGACCACGGCACCAACGACGAUGACCACACCGCGCCCACCACCACCACCACGAUCGACAAACAACGACGACGACACGUCCACGUCCAAACCACAGCCACACGUCGCGGGACACGCAACGACGACAACGCAACGACGACACGCAACGACAACGCAACGACGACACGCGACGACGACAUGCGACGACGACAACGCAACGACACAGGACGACGACACCCCCUUUAUCAGUCCCCACCACCCUCCCACCACUCCCUCCCCCUCCACUCCCCAUCAUUCCCUCCCCCCUCCAUCACUCCCUCCCUCCUCCAUCACUCCUCUUCUCCAUAA